GCUACAAACAUGCUGUGCUAAAACAUCCGUCUUUCAGUAGGCAGUUUACAGCAGCAGGGAUGGUGUCCUUAGAUACAGUAGGUAAAGAUGGGCAACAGUGUCUGCUCAUAUGAGGCAUGUUGUUGUUUGACGCGUUCUGAGGAAAGGAAGGAAGAGACAGUUAUCGAAAAACAAGUGUACAAAUCUAUCUUCGACUUUCCAUCUAAUAUCCCGGGUGAUCAGAAGCUCAAAAAAGGUGAUAUCUUGGAGGUAAUUGAGGAAGGAGACCACUGGGUGUACGCAAGGAGACGCACAGUGAAGAAUGGAGUUUCUGAAGAACAGGUCUACGUACCAAAAGAUUUUCUCAAACCACUGAAUAGUGUGGAGGCAGAACCAUGGUAUUUUGAAAACAUCUCAAGCCGUACUGAGGCUAAAAGAUGUCUGCUGAGACCAGAAAACAGUGAUGGUGCAUUUCUUGUGUGGAAAAGUAAAGAGAAUAAUAGCUACUACCUUUCAGUAAAGAAUGAAGGCGUUGCAAGGCAUUACAGAAUUAAGGAAAGAGAAUCUGACAAAUGUUUUUACCUGGUUAGUCGAAAAGCAUUUCAGACCCUUUCUGAUUUAGUUGAAUCAUAUUCCAAGAAUCAGGAUGGACUUUGUGCACGCCUUAACCUUCCUUGUGUUAUGCUGGACAAGCCUACCCUUCCCAGCCUGUCAUUUAAGGAUCAAUGGGAAAUCGACCGAAGCUCUCUGACCAAAGUGAAAAAGCUUGGCAGUGGGGAAUUUGGAGAAGUAUGGCACGGGGUGUGGAACAAUAUGAUAGACGUGGCUAUUAAAGAGUUUCGAGUCAUCAGCCCCGAUAUUCAGACAGAGAUAAAUAUCAUGAAGGAGCUUCAGCAUAAGAAUCUGAUCAGACUGUAUGCUGUGUGCACUGUUGACGAGCCCUUCUGCAUUAUCACAGAGCUCAUAAAAAAAGGAAGCUUGAAGAAGUACCUCAUUGGCCACAAAGAGCUGAAAGAUAUUGAGUUUUCCCUCAUGAUGGACUUUGCAGUGCAGAUUACAGAAGGGAUGGCAUACUUGGAGAGUAAGAACAUAGUUCACAGAGACUUGAGAGCUGAUAACAUUCUGCUUACUGAAAUGUUGUCCUGCAAGAUAGCAGAUUUUGGACUAGCUCAGUUUACCAUCUCCCAAGAUCAGCAAUUAUCUUCAGUUAAAGUCCCAGUAAAAUGGAUGGCACCUGAGAUCUUCAAUGGAAAGAACUACACAAAAAAGUGUGAUGUCUGGUCUUUUGGGAUCCUCUUGACUGAAAUUGUCACAUAUGGAAAUGAUCCGUACCCAGACCAUAACAAAGCGGCAUGUAUUCAGGCCAUUCAGAGGGGAUACAGGAUGACACGAGCACCAGCCUGUCCUCAAACACUGUAUGAUAUCAUGUUGCUGUGUUGGCAUUCCAACCCGGAUGAAAGGCCCACAUUCAUGGAGCUUCAGGAAAGGUUAAUGACGCUGAUCCAUGAACCCACUAUGGUGCUUGAUUAGAUGUUUGCUGAUGUAGAUAUUAACUGAGAUAUUCUGGACACUGGAAUUUUCAGUGACUCAAACACAUAAUAUAUACAGUAAAAGAAAACUACAGCUGUAUUCAUGUUGCUGCAUUAUAAAUGCCUUUGUAAUGUAAUGUAUUUAAACAAAAAAGACUUAUUGAUCCUUCAGCAUUGUCUUUAGGACAAAAACAUGCUGUUUCUUGCAUUUCUCAUGUUUUGGCUGUGUUCACGUUGGAAAAGCUGGCAGUCGAGGCUACAUCUGGAAUAAUGUCUGUUUUAGUUAACUACCUGAAAUACUUUAUCGAUCAUUUACCCUUGAUAUUUAAGUAGUAGCUGUGCCAAAGAAAUAAACCUGUAAAUAAUCUUCAUUUUGACAGAAUCGUGCACUACAGUUUAGAAACUCUGAUGUUUCUGACACACUGAAUGUCUACUGCUAUGUGAUGCAACAGCUGAACUAAACUAGGAUAGUCACUUCUAUCUAUGUACACUGCUCCUCUAUAAACAGGUGAAUAAUACCUGUUCCAGACGAAACAUUGCAGUGUUAGCCUUAAUCCUUUCUCCUCUCUAAAAAUACUCACUGCAUAGGUGAUGUGAUUAACGUUCUAAUAAUGACUAUUUCAGCUGUUGAACUCAAACUAAAGACAUGCCUCAUAUCUAUCCUGCUGCAAAUAUAACAAAUCAUCAAGAAUGUUGAAUAAACAAUAAAGAUAUGUAUCUGUAUAAAAUAUUUGCUUUGGUUGCAACAAAGUACAAAGUUUUUUUAAAAUUUUUUAAAUUUUAUUAAACAUACAGUAUAGUAGCAAUAGUCUACAAAUAUUGGUUGAGUGCUUUUAAGUAUCAUGCAUUAAAAUAGGCUUAAAGGUGUAAUAUACAGUACCAAGCCAAUCAUAAAGCAGCAUCAGAACAUCUGAUCCACAAAAAAAACACAAAUCAUUAAAUAACACACAUGAAUAUUUUUCCUUUGUACUCAAACUUCUCAGCGUAAAUUCUCAGACAAAUUCCUUCUUUAGUUAACACUUUCAUUACUGUGUAACACCAUUAUUAACAAUAACAACAACCAUAAUAUUUCAUAUAUGUGUAUAAGUAUACGGCUCACCUGAUUUU